AUGGUCUUGGAUGAGUUGUCGGGCAAUCUUGUUGGACUUCUUGUAACGUAUGUGGACGAUAUCCUGUACCUAGGGGAGAUCCAUAUUGUGAAUGCCCUUCAUGCCUUCGUAUUGGAAAAAUGGCCGGCGAGCGCCUUGGAGUGGGUCAAUGACAAGGUUGCUUUUCGCUACUUGGGAGUAGAGAUCUUACGCGAGCCACAAAGCGGCAGCUUCAGCAUUAGCCAAGCAGCGUACAUAGCAGAUUUGCUACGCGCGCACAACCUACAUGACACGCACAGCACGCUGCUCCCAGUACCCAGGGAAUGGAUCGAGGUCGUAGAGGCUGAGCUGGAUGCUGUUGAGGCGGACAUCGAUGACGAAACUUUGAGAAGUGCCCAGAGAGCCGUUGGUGAAGCGUUGUGGUUAGCCACGAAAUCACGGCCAGAUAUACUUUUCGUAGUUAAUCACAUGUCCAGUGUGGUCUCGAAGCAGCCGUCCCACGUUUUGAGAGUAAGUCAACGCCUGCUUUCCUACCUUGCUGGCACAUGUUCCAUGAAGCUUCUUUUGGGCCCACGAAGCGAAGCCACUGGAGAGGCGGUGUGUUUCACAGAUGCCUCGUACGCCCCUUUUGGGCGGCGUUCCUUUGGGGCAGCCGUGGUCACUGUGGAAGGUUCAGCAGUGGCAUGGAAGGCAGGGCGACAGAGUUUUGUUACGCUUUCAGUCAUGGAGGCCGAGCUUUACGCAGCAACCCAAGGCUGCGUUUUGUUGGAGUCGGUUUUUUCUGUCUUGGACGAGAUAUAUCCUGGCCGAUACAAGCGUGUCCUAGCCAUAGACAACACGAGCGCGGCAAGCAUGUGUUCUGGAGGCCCAGGGAGCCAGCGAACGAGGCAUCUCAAGAUCAGAGCUGCUUUUAUCAGAGAGGCAGUUAGUGAAGGUCGUCUGGAGGUAAGACACACUCCAGGAGAUCUCCAGCUAGCUGACUUAGCAACUAAGCUACAGCCAAGGCUACGGCUGUGGAGGCUUCUGAGCCUAUGGGGUUUCGUUGGCGAUCGCAUCACCGAGAUCCUGAACGCCUUUAAGGCACGACUCUUGUCGGUGGUGGUUGUGCUCUCCUCGCUGUUGGUUCCAGCAACGGGAGUCAAGACAGGGGAGAAGAAGAGUCCGCUGCCAGCCACAGGGUGGGAAGAGCUAGCAUUUCUGCUAGUGUUAACCUGUGUCGCCGUGAUAGGCGUGUGGGAAGCGAGCAAGGCUAUGUUCAGAUCCUACCGAAGGUGGGUGAAAGGAAGUCGUAAGUUCAGGAAGCUGAAGAGAGUAUCAGAUAUCGCAUCUGAAGCGGCGAAAAAGGAAGAGGCAAGAUGGGUCGACGCAGCCCUCGGUGCUCCAAGAGACGACGACCACUAG